GUCAUGAGCAGCUUAAGACGUAAUACAGCACAGAACUGGGGAUACAUCAUAUAUUGACACUUACAAAUUUAUAUAUAUAUGUAUAUUGAGAACUGAACAAGAUAGUCAUUUAUUAAUAUUUCAGGUUUAGCUUUAGAAGAAAAUAAGAUUUUGCCAUGCUUAACAGUGUCUGCAGCGGUUGUAUUCUCCUGACUGCCAUGGAGUUCUUUAUCAGACACACCUGGGACAGCGUACCUGUGGAUCAUAAGCCGGUAAAGAUUCGCUUCUCACCUGGCGAGGAAGGUUUGUUAAUGCAGGUGACUGCUCCUUUCUUCAAUGACCCCCCUGCACCAGCCGGACCACCUGGAGAGCCGUUCCCUGGUCUCUGGGACUAUGAGGUGGUAGAAUCCUUCUUCUUGAACAGCAACACUGAGCAAUAUCUAGAGGUGGAAGUCUGCCCACAUGGACAACACCUUAUUCUGCUACUGAAUGGAAAACAUAAUGCGUUCAUGCAACAACUCCCUAUAUCAUUCCAAGCCAAUAUAAAGAACAAAAAAUGGAAGGGAGAAGCACUUCUGCCUUGGAGGUAUUUCCCUCAGGGCAUUAAUAAGAUGAACUCCUACGCCAUCCAUGGCUCGGGUGCAGGAAGGACUUAUGAGUCUCUGUAUCCUGUUCCCAAAGAAGACCUACAAGAAGGACAGGGACCAGACUUUCAUCGACUUGAGUAUUUUCAAGACUUCACUCUGCAAAGCAUCAUGGGAGAAGACUGGGUUCAGCCAGAAUCUGACCUGUGGAAUUUAGCAAGCAAAUGACCAGCUGAAAAUCACAAACCAGCUUUUUAA